AUGGUAUUUGUACUAGGUCUAAUAGGUGAUAAUGAUGAGUACCUGACCAAUUUACGCUUUGUUAAAUUUGACCACAAAUCUUCAAUAAAAAAAAUCAUCACUGCACUGCAUUCAUGCUUUGAUUACAGAGAAUGGAGAUUUAAUCCGCCGCUGCCAGCCCAGGGCGAGCGUCCGCGGGGGCCAGUGUUUACCCCGAACGCCGCCCGGCGCCGGCGCUGCUGGAUUCGGUCGUCUAGAUCGGCAAAAUACCCCGCCGAGCGCCAGCGCGGGCAACGGCGGCGGUGGCGGCGGCGGCAGGGCGGUGCGGUUCGGGGGCGGGCGGCACUGCGUGAUGGACGAGAUGAUUUUCGCGGGUGCGCCGCCGCCGCCGCCGCCGCCGCCGCCGCCGCCGCCGCCGCCGCUCGGAUCGAUGCCAUAGCGCGCGAGUCAGCGGCGGGGGCGGCGGCGCCGAGGCCUGCUGGCGAAGGGGCGAGGCGCGCGAAUAAACGCCUGGCGGGAGCUAAUCAGCUCGGCGCUCGCGCUGCUGGGUCGGGUCGCCGCAGGAGGCUCUGCCGCUGGGGGUGUGCGGGCCGAGGCCCGGCGAGGGGGCUGGGGGCGGCGGUGGAGACGGUGACGGUGGAGGUGAUGCCCAUGUACGUGAUUACUGUGAAUGCACGGCGAGCGGGUAGAGUGACGGCUGCAGGAAGGAGCGUGGGCGGCAUCGGAGGAGUAAUGAGCAUCAUGGUGGCAACCAUGAUAACUGCAGCGGCAAUGGGGACAGGUGAAGACCUCAAGAAGCAGCGGAGUCGCUCGUUGGCAAGUUGA